AUGGUCGCCGCGGAGCCGUCCGCGCCGUCGCAGCGCCGCGUGUGGACCCCGGAGUCGUGGCGCACCAUGCCGAUCCUGCAGGUGCCGGACUACCCCGACCUCGACGCGCUCGCCGCCAUGGAGGACAAGCUCCGCCGCUCGCUCCCGCUCGUCUUCUCCGGCGAGUGCGAGCAGCUCAAGCAGCAGCUGGCCAAGGCGGCGCGCGGCGAGGCCUUCGUCAUCCAGGGCGGCGAUUGCGCAGAGUCGUUUCAGGAGUUUGACAAGUAUGGAGGCGAUAACGUCUCGGAUACUUUUACCCUGCUUAUCCAGAUGUCCAUAAUGCUCAUGUAUGGCCUCCGGAAGCCCGUCGUCAAGAUUCUUAGGUCCGCAGGCCAAUUUGCUAAGCCCAGGUCCAGCCCGUUCGAGAAGAAGAAGGACCAGGAGCUAAGCUUGCCGUCGUAUAGGGGCGACAUCAUUAAUGGCCCUGGCUUCACCAUCGAAGAGAGGACCCCGGACCCGGAGAGGAUGUACACCGCUUUUGUCCAGUCCACAGCCACCAUUAAUUUGUUGCGCACUCUCGCGUCGGGGGGUGCCCUGGAUUUGCACCGCGUCCAUGACAUCAACUUGAAAUUUGUCAGGGGGACGCCGCAGGGCCAGAAGUUUUCAGAGUACGCAAACUCCAUUGAUAGUGCCAUUUCCUUUAUGGAGAGCUGCGGCCUGUCGCCCGACGCCUACAAGAUUAGACAGGCCGAGUUCUCAGUCUCGCAUGAGUCCCUCUUGCUGCCAUACGAGCAGGCUCUGACCAGGCAAGACCCCACCACAGGCAAGUGGUACGCCACCUCGGGCCACUUUUUGUGGCUGGGCGACCGCACCCGCCAGCCCAACGGCGCCCACGUCGAGUUCAUGCGCGGCAUUUCCAACCCUAUCGGCAUCAAGUGCGGGCCCACCUUGACGAGUGAGGAUCUCUUGCAGCUGCUUGACAUCCUCGACCCGGACAACGAGCCGGGCCGCAUCACCCUCAUCACUCGCGUCGGCGCGGGCAAGGUCGCCGACCAUCUUCCGCGUCUCAUCGAGGCCGUCCAAAAGGCGGGGAGGACUGUAGUUUGGAGCUGUGAUCCGUGCCAUGGUAACACCGAGACCUCCUCCAUCGGAUUCAAGACCAGGCGCUUUGAUAAGAUCCUCCAGGAAGUUACAGAGUUUUUCGCCGUCCAUGAGAACAUGGGCACCUAUCCUGGCGGUGUACAUCUCGAGCUUACCGGCCAGAAUGUCACUGAAUGUGUUGGUGGUAUGAUGGAGCUUACGGACGAAGACUUGCGCAAUCGCUACGAAACUCACUGUGAUCCGCGUCUUAACGCUUCCCAAGCUCUGGAGUUGGCCCUGCUACUAUCUGAGAACAUGGACCAAAGUCGUUGCCCAAUCUAAUUACUUGUAUGUAGCGAUACAUCAAACCUGUUUCCUUUCAUUACACUCCACACAUUGUCCCUCGUCUUUCAGAACCUUUCUGGUACUCAAAUCAUUGCUCUCCCUCCCCAACUUCUGUAUCGUGCACUGUAGAUUGCUCUUCCUGGCCCCGUUCCAAAAACUCUGAUUUCCACCAAAACUUGCGCCGUUCAGUCUGUUUCCGUGUUGCAUU